AACGUUUAGUUUUAUAUUAUCCUUUGAAGUCUGCGGAUGUAAUUGUAGAAUUAAAAAAGAAGAACAACGCACAAAACCUAUAUCUUUACCUAUACACAAAAAAACAAGAAAAAAAUUUCACUCUCAUACAUACAUACCUACAAACAGAAUUGAAACUGAAAUUGGAAAAAAAAAAUUCAAAAAAAGAAAGAAAGAAAAAAAAAACGCAAAAACCCCAAAAUAUUCGAAUUGUUAACUAAGAAAAAAAAAUGUUCUAGAGUUUUGUAUUAAAUCUUCUAUGUGAAAGAGAGAAAAGAAAAAAACUAUGACAAUAUUUUCAUGUUAAAUAUUGCCCCUUUUUUGAAUGUGAAUGUGUGUGGUGUAUGUGUUUUCUUUUGCAUGGUGCUUACAGACAGUGGUUUGAAUUUUUGUGCUGGUCAUAAAUUCCUGUAGGAAUCGCCUAAAACGUUUCGCUUGCGUCGGGGUGCUACGCAAAAAGAUUUUUUUCGUUACAUGUGUGAACACAACAAAUGGAGAAUAAUAAAUUACAUAAUAACGGAGUGAAUAAUACCAAAUUGAAAGAUAGUCACAAAAAUAGUAAUUGGUACUAUAAGAAAAUUUUAUGAAUUCAAUGGGCAAAUGGAUUAUUUGUAAGAUUGGCUGCUGCAAACUUACUGUAAAGCUACAAGUCCUCUACAACACAAAUUCCAAAAAAUCAUUCUAUGUGUAAAAAAUGAAAAAGUUCACAUUUAGAGGCGUUCUUGAUGGAUUUCGACAAACGGUUCAGCCGCAAACUGCAAGACAAGAGCAGGAGAUUCAUGAGACCCUUAGACCAGACCAUUUUACGAUAAGAAAGACCUUUCGUCAUGGAUUUCCCUACUCUCCAACGACAUUUGCAUUUGAUCCAGUACAAAGGCUGUUAGUUAUUGGCGACAAAUCGGGCAGUCUAAGAUUAUUGGGCCGUCCGGGUGUGGAUACUCAUAUCAGUCAUGAAGGUGAAUCUGCAUGUCCCGUAAUUCUAUCCGAAUUUUUAGUCAAUGAUGGAAAAUUGGUAACCGUGACCGCAGAUGACACAAUACAUUUGUGGAAUAUACGCCAAAAAGUACCUCAAGUCAUACAAAGCUUAAAAUUUCAACGAGAAAGAGUAACAUGCAUUCACUUAGCAGUGGCAAGCAAAUGGCUGUAUGUUGGCACAGAAAAAGGCAACAUUCAUGUGGUCAACAUAGAGACAUUUGCCCUUAGCGGUUACGUUAUAAACUGGAACAAAGCAAUUGAAUUGGCUAGAGCUAAUCAUCCUGGUGCUGUGAUUGCAUUAUGUGAUAAUCCAAUAGAUGCAAAUAAGUUGUUGAUUGCAUACGAAUGUGGUUUGCUUGUCCUUUGGGACUUGAAAUCCAAAUUUGCCGAGAUCAGAUGGGUAUCCUCGGAUCCGGUGAAGUCAAUAGCAUGGCAUUAUGAAGGAAAAUAUUUUGUAUCCUCGCAUAAAGAUGGUUCCAUAUGUUCAUGGCCUAUGAAGCCGACCCCAAAACCUCAAUCUCUAGUCUAUCCUCAUGCCAAAACAUCGAGAGAGGGUACGGUUGAAAAAUGCAAUCCAAUUUACAAAGUUGAUUUGAAAGCUUCUCAAUCUGGAGAAACCUUUACGAUUUUUUCGGGUGGUAUGCCAACAGAGAAGGGAGCAAAAUCCAAUUGUAUCACUGUUAUGGUGGGGAAGACAACCACCGUCUUAGAAAUGGAACAUGCUGUUGUUGAUUUUAUAACACUUUGUGAAAACCCUUGGACUAGUGAAACCCAAGAACCAUAUGCGAUAGCAGUACUUCUGCAGUAUGAUUUAGUAUUAAUAGACUUACUUACACCCGGUUUUCCAUGUUUCGAAUCGCCUUAUCCCAUGGACUUACACGAAUCACCUGUUACAUAUUGCACUUACUUAACUGAUUGCCCCUCGGAUUUGGUUCCUGCUUUUUACUCUGUUGGCCGUACUACGACAUCUAAAAAAACUGGUUUCUCCGAAAGAGAAUGGCCUGUAUCAGGUGGAGAAUGGUCACCAGCGUCUUGUAGUUAUGCCGAAAUAGUCAUAACAGGUCAUCAAGAUGGCACCAUAAAAUUUUGGGAUUCUGGUGCAGGCACAUUACAGAUUUUAUAUAAACUGAAGACAGCAAAGAUAUUUGAAAAAUCCAAAUCCCUACAAACAGACAGCGGUGUGGAACAUCCUCUGGCAAUUCAAUUAAUACAUCUUUGCUCUGUGUCCAGACGUUUAUGUGUUGCGGGCGCAAUGGGCCAAGUAAUUUUGUUUAAAUUUCGCAAAGUUGAAACCACUUCAGACGUUUUGGUUCUGGAGAUUCCAAUACUCUUUGAGAACUUUGAUGAUAUUUAUGGUACUAGUCCGGAAUGUGAUUUUAUACCACAUCAAGUUCAAAAAACUGAAUCAAGUGAAUCUGAUAAGACGGACAAUUUACUACGAGUCAAAACAGGAGCACAACGAAAGCCUCCAGGGUUUCAGUCACAGUUAGUUUGUUUAACAACUGGCCCAAAUAAGAGAAUUGUUCAAGUCACAUCAUUAUGUAUCAGUUCUACAUAUGGAUUAAUGGCUUAUGGCACGGAAUAUGGACUUGUUAUUAUCGAUAUUAUACAGAAAGUCUGCUUAUUGAGCAUUGCCUGUCCCGACUUGUAUGGUGCGCACGAUCCCUAUUCGCGAACACCCAAAAGUCCCAAACGCAUUGAAACCAAGGAUCAGGAUCAGAGUCGCUCACCCAGCUCCGAUCAGCUUCACGACACCACAAGCCCCGAUAGUCCAUCGAUCGAAUACAUAGCUGAAGGCAAUGAAUCGAAUCCGGAUCAAUCGAAUCCUUCAUCACGCCCAGCCUCGCCGGAUGAGGAUAAAGGUGCAGUGGGCGGCAUGCCAGCCAAGAGUCCCAUGCGCGACGAAGUGUCAAUUCCCCCCAAAGAACUUCCGGACAGACGCAAGUCCAUGUCCUGGAAGACAUUCAACUUGAAACGUCAAUUAUCUAAAGUCAAUAUGAAAAUCGGCCUUAAUAUGGGUGGCGACAGUGAGGCGACCCCAAAGAGUACAUCAGUGUUUUACACUCAAACGGAAUGUUCCGGCGAAAACAGCGACGAUUCGCCGCCCAAGGAUCCCAUAGCAAUGGGGGUUGAAUGUCGCGAGAGCAUGACAGAAACGAAUUUACGCGAAGCUCUAGAGGCUGCCGGAGAUAGUGGGAACGUUGGUGAGGGUGACAGUGGCAGUGAUGUACCACCACCUUUGCCAAGCAGGCGUGUCGAUUUUACCAGCGAUUCCGAAGGUGGCCAACAGAGCACUAGACCAAAUAAUUUGCCAAUCUCAUCGACAGCGGGUGGUGGAGAUCCCAAUGUACCGCCACCACGACCACCGCGCCAAAAACUCAAAGAGAAAAGAGAUCAACGUCUGCUCUCGGUUCCCAAUAUAAAAUAUCAAGUGCGUGAGGCACGGCUGCGCCCCAAUCGCAAUGACUCGUCGCCUUCGCUGGGUGCCGCCGGUGGUAACGCCGUAACUAAAAAAUCGCAAAAAUUGGAUGGGUCAUUUUCAAGAUCUAGAUCAUCGUCGAUGUCGAGCAUCGACAUGUCUUCCGCAGAGUCUGUAACCUGUUUGGCUUUUAUUGAAAGCUAUGCCAAAAAGAAUGACAUGCUCUCUAUAGUCCCAACUUUGUGGGUUGGCACAAGUUUUGGUUCCAUACUAACGCUGGUCGUUACCAUGCCUGAACGUGAAGUGCGCAAAUCUCAACCAGUUUUGGUCACAAUUAAUGGCGGUCCAGUAUUACGUCUAAAAGGAUCAAUAACAUCAAUGUCAUUUUUGGAUGCUUAUGGCACAAUUAUACCAUUUUCCUCUGAACCAUGGCGAGAUGACAGUAGGGAUACAAAAAAAGAACGAACGCCAACAAAAAGUAGCAGUCGAACAAGUCCUACAUUUACACCUACAACUGCCAAUACAAUAUCAAAUACAUCUGGUGGUAAUGUGAGUACCAGUGCCAGUAGCAGUGGUAUUAGUGGAAGCGUUAGCACCGGCCUAGAUACCAUAGCUGAUAGACAAUAUAUCGUAAUUGCAAGCGAAAAACAAACUAAAGUCUUCGAUAUUGCAAAUCAAUGUUGUAUUAAUCGCAUUCAAUUAUCUGAAAUGGAUUUUGCGGUUAAAGCAAAAACUAUCACAAUGAAAGAUGGAACUUGCCUAGCAACCUAUCUUUCCAAUGGCCAUCUAAUGGUACAUAGUCUUCCUAGUCUAAAGUUGUUAUUGGAUACAGAGUUCUUACCACUUAUGGACUUAAGUUUUCAAACCAAAUGCAAACAGGGAAUUGUGGAUCCAAUGCUUUCCAUAUGGGGUCAACAAAUCAUUGUUCACGAAGAUAUAACACAAAUAUCAAAAAUUUUUUGCUUCAGUAAUAAAGGUCAUGGUCUGUACAUGGCAUCACCCACCGAAAUACAAAAGUUUACAAUAUCGUCAGAGUUUUGUCAAUUUAUUUUAGAUAUGAUGGGAUCAUUGUACACGGUUCAAGAGAUGCCUGAACAGCCAAAGGAGAGUUUCUUUAAAGGAUUAUUUGGUGGCGGCGCCAAAAGUCUGGACAGAGAAGAACUAUUUGGAGAACAAAGCGGGAAGGCAAACCGUUCUGUAGCUAAACACAUUCCGGGCCCAACACUCGAACAAUUGAAUCAGAGAGCUUCAACAGCGGCAUCCGAAAUCAGUCGCGCCCAUCUAUUGGCAAUGGAACGCGGCGAAAAACUUAAUAUGCUGGAAGAGCGAGCCGAACGUAUGGCCAAUCAAGCUCAAGAUUUCAGCGGCACAGCGCAUCAAUUAAUGCUUAAAUACAAGGAUAAAAAGUGGUACCAGUUGUAAAAUAUCUAUUACAGGAGCCAAUUCUACCACAGUUAUUGUAAUAUUGCUUUUAUAACAACAACAACAAAAACAACAACAACAAACACUUUCUACUACAUUAAAGUACACUUAUUUAAUUUCUGUUUUCAAAUCGUCAUGUUAUUUAUAUAUUAAAAAAAAAAACAAAAACAAAAAACCAACAAAAAACAAAGUAAAAAUAUAUUAAACUACAACAAAAUGUUUUUAAUAAAAUAUAGACCAAUAAAACGUGUUACAGAUUUACAA